UGUACUGUAGUGUGUCAGGCCUGGCUCCAGGGCUUCCCUUGUGCACCCAUGCAGAGAGGACCCCCAGGGGAGCAGACGCCAGCUGAGACUGAAAAACAAGGGUCUAAGGUCUAAGUCUCAUCAUGAUGGAGGAGAGUCUGGAGACAGAUGGCCCCAGAUCCUCCAUGCCGGCUGAGCUCCACCAUCCCCACUCCAAGUACUCUCAGUGGAAGUUUAAACUGUUUAGGCUCAAGUCAAUGGAGAAGGCCCCUCUGCCCAGUGACUCUCAGCCUGAGAAAGGAGCCGUGUUAGGGAUCUCACGUCCUGCAGCUCUGAAUACAGAGUUAGAUAAUGACAUAUGCCCAGGGAGUGUCAUGAAAUUAUGCCUAGGAGGAAAAAGCAAGGAAAAUGUAGAGGGCCCUGGCUGGCGGGUGGACAAGAAGCUACAGGAAAUGGACAUCCACAUGAACCACCUCAGGUGCUUGUGCCGUCUUUGCGGAACGGCCCUGAGAAAAGUCAAAGGACCGCUGCACGAUGUUCAUGGGGAUCUGGAUGAGGUCAGCAAAGGUUCCCUUCGUAAAAUGGGCUGCAAGUUCACAAGCUGGCCAGGUGUACUUCUCAAAGUCUUCAAAGUGGAUGUGACAGAUGACACAGAAUCUGUCCACCCUCUUUCCUUCUGCCAUCGCUGCUGGGUGGUCGCCAUACGAGGAGGGGGCUUCUGCAGCUUCUCUAGAACGAGAGUCCCCGAGUGGAAACCUCACUCUCACACCUGUCAUCUUUGCUCACCCAGAAAACCAUCAUUCCAGCGGACUAGGAGGAAGAGGCGAAAAGCCAUUCCCAGAGCCCAAAGUCUGGCAAAAAGAGCCAGGUGGGAUAAUGGAGACAGCAUUGCUGUUGGUGAGAAGAGGGUUCUGAGACCAUUUGGAGACCCUCAUCAUGGCCCUGUGCUCAAGGCAUGGAGGAAUCCCCGCAUCCAGAGAGAGCAAUGGGUCAGAAACAUCACCCACUGCCAGAAAGACCACCUGAACACCAAGCUGAUCUCUGAGAAGCUCCCUGUAGACUUCCUCUUUUCUUUCACCUGCCUGGUGUGUGACCACCUGCUCUCUGAUCCAGUCCAGUCCCCCUGUGGGCACCUGUUCUGCCACAGCUGUAUUAUUAAAUACAUCCACGUUCUGGGGCCUCUCUGCCCAGCCUGCAACUUGACAUGUGCCCCCAAUGAUCUGACCUCGCCUGCCAAAGCCUUCUUAUCAGCCUUACACUCCCUGCCUCUGCUCUGCCCCUGUGGCAAGCAGGUAAGGGUUGACUCAUUUAAAGCCCAUUGUCAGAGCCAUGAACAGGAUGGAAAACAGCAGACAUCCAAACUUGACAGCUACCUGCUCACCAAUAAAGGGGGAAGACCCCGUCAGCACCUGCUAUCGCUAACACGUCGGGCCCAGAAGCAUCGGCUGAGGGAUAUGAAGAACCAGCUGAAGGCAUUUGCAGAUAAAGAGGAAGGUGGUGACCUGAAGUCUGUGUGCCAGACUCUGUUUCUGCUUGCACUGAGGUCUGGGAAUGAACACCGACAGGCAGACGAGCUAGAGGCCAUAAUGCAAGGCAGAGGGUUUGGGCUGCAUCCUGCUGUGUGCUUGGCCAUUCGGGUCAACACCUUCCUGAGCUGCAGCCAGUAUCACAAGAUGUACCGGACUGUCAAAGCCACCAGUGGCCGCCAGAUCUUUCAGCCGCUGCACACCCUGCGAGCUGCAGAGAAGGAGCUUCUCCCUGGCUUCCUCGAGUUUGAAUGGCAGCCAGCUCUCAAGAAUGUGUCUACAUCUUGCAAUGUUGGCAUUAUUAAUGGGCUCUCUGGAUGGACUUCCUCGGUGGAUGACUUCCCAGCUGACACCAUCACUCGCCGGUUUCGCUACGAUGUGGCUCUGGUGUCAGCAUUAAAGGAUCUGGAGGAGGACAUCAUGGAGGGUCUCAGAGAGGCUGGUAUGGAAGACAGUGCUUGUACCUCAGGCUUCAGUGUCAAGAUCAAAGAAUCCUGUGAUGGCAUGGGCGAUGUCAGUGAGAAACAUGGCGGGGGACCAGCUGUCCCUGAGAAGGCUGUACGUUUUUCUUUUACUGUCAUGUCUGUCUCUGUCAAGCCAGACAACGAGGAGAAGGAAGUUACCAUUUUCACUGAGCCCAAGCCAAACUCAGAACUGUCAUGUAAGCCCCUUUGCCUGAUGUUUGUGGAUGAGUCAGACCAUGAGACACUCACAGCUAUCCUGGGGCCUGUAGUUGCCGAGCGUAAGGCAAUGAAGGGGAGCAGGCUCAUCCUAUCCUUGGGUGGACUAGCUCGCUCCUUCCAAUUCCACUUCAGAGGUACAGGAUACGAUGAGAAGAUGGUGCGUGAGAUGGAGGGCCUUGAAGCCUCUGGGUCCACCUAUGUCUGCACUCUCUGUGACUCCACCCGGGCAGAGGCCUCUGAAAACAUGGUGCUACAUUCGGUCACCCGCAGUCAUGUAGAGAACUUGGAUCGCUACGAGAUAUGGAGAACCAACCCAUUUUCCGAGUCUGUAGACGAGCUGCGGGACAGAGUCAAAGGUGUCUCCGCCAAGCCGUUCAUGGAGAUGCACCCCACGCUGGAUGCGCUACACUGUGACAUUGGCAAUGCCACAGAGUUCUACAAAAUCUUCCAGGACGAGAUCGGGGAGGUGUACAAAAAGGUCAACCCCAGUCGGGAGGAGCGGCGCAGCUGGAGGGCAGCCCUGGAUAAACAGCUGAGGAAAAAGCUGAAGGUCAAACCGGUCAUGAGGAUGAAUGGGAACUAUGCCCGCAGGCUAAUGACCCAGGAGGCUGUGGAUGUGGUGUGUGAGCUGGUGCCCUCAGAGGAGCGGAGGGAAGCCCUGAGGGAGCUUAUGAGUAUCUACGUCCAGAUGAAGCCCGUGUGGCGUGCCACCUGCCCUGCCAAGGAGUGCCCCGACCAGCUGUGCCGCUUCAGCUUUAACUCACAGCGCUUUGCAGACCUUCUCUCUUCUACCUUCAAAUAUAGAUACAAUGGAAAGAUAACCAAUUAUUUGCACAAGACCCUGGCCCAUGUGCCUGAAAUCAUAGAGAGAGAUGAAUCCAUAGGAGCCUGGGCCAGCGAAGGGAACGAGUCGGCAAACAAACUGUUCAGGCGUUUCCGUAAAAUGAAUGCUCGUCAGUCAAAGGCCUUUGAGCUUGAGGACGUGUUGAAACAUCACUGGCUGUACACUUCCAAAUACUUGCAGAAGUUCAUGGAAGCUCACAAGGACUCUUCCAAAGCUCUGCAAGCCACCAUUGACCCAGUAGAGAGCCAGGAUUAUGAGGACAUGUCUCUGGACAUUCUUAAAGUUUGAUUUUUUUCUUUCAAUGUGAAACUCAAAAUGUAAUUGACUUCAUGAUAAGCAGAUACUUUUUCAACUGCCUCUGUCAGUAAAACAACAUGUACUUACUACACAAAUUCUUUAUUUGGAAUGAAAAGGGAAAAGAGCUACUUGAAGCCAAGAUUUUCUUAAUAUUUUCAUAUAUUGUGAUAGAAGUGUUUGAAAAUGGAAAUCAACAUAAACUUUUAUUUUUUAUUUGAUGUAACAAUACAAAUGAUAAACAGUUUCUUGCAUUCAAACAUUCUCAUUUCCCACUUAAAUCUCCCGCCAAUUUCUUUUUGAAGUGUUUUGUUUUAAUAGUAUUUUACUUUGUUGUUGUUGUAUAUCUUUUAGCUGUACGUUACCACAGUGCAAUUAUUAAACAGCAGAGAAGUAGCACAGGUUCAUUCUUUCUUGCUCUUAGCAGGAAAGCUCUUUUUUAGCUUCACCAUCUGUGAAAUAUGGCACAGUUUAUUGUAUUGCAAGGAUAUGACACAUUUAUGAAUUUAUAUGGAGAGGAUAUUUAUGGAAACAGAUGAAAGUGCUGUAAGUCAUGGAGGGAAAUUGUGUCAAGAAGACCACAUUUGUGGCCACUGUAUUAAUAUAUCAUUUGAGCUGGAACAAAAUGCAAUCACAGAGACCCAAAUGUUCUUUGUUUCAUGAGUGCCCCCUGAAAAAGAUUACUUUAGUGCUUUAUCGUCGGAUCCCUAAGGGGUAGAAUAGAUGCCAGGUCACUUUGAACCAAUUUUGAUCUCUUAGAUCUCUUAGCACAGUGGAGGAUGGAUGAUGCUUAUUCCAAUUAUUCACCUAAAAUAAAGCAUAUACUGACCUUUUUGUUGAUAUAAUAAAAAUACAGUAUGGUCCAUUACAAAGCCUAAUACCACAUGGAGUUUCCAGCAGGUGGGGAUUUUUCUUAAGUUCUGUAUAAAUCCUGGCUUUUUUUCUCUGCCGAUAUUUCUUCAUUGCCAAGGUUGACAGAGGAGAAGGAUGAGCGGGAGCUAGAAAGACUCUAUGUAAACUGAUUUGUUGGCAACUUUAUUUGUCUGAUUGAUUGAUUAUGUUAUCUUGUUUGUGCUCUCACAAUUUUGAAUUUUGACAGGCAAUUUGUUUUCUUAUUUGAUUGAAUGCUUGAUUUUAUUUGACUGUCAUAAGGUUUAACCAUGUGACAGCUGUGAAUAUUCACAUUUCAUUCCAUAGUUGUCAUCUCCCCACAAUACCAUCCUGUUUCAGAUUGCAACAUGUCUCAUAUUUGUUUUUUUGCAAUAAUUUAUUGCAUUUCCAAAGUAAUGGAUGAUGGAUGUUUCACGGAUUUCCACUUGUUACCUUUAAACCGUCUAUUUUCAAAUACUUCGUUUCUCCAUAUUACACUAAAUAUCAGAUAUACUGUUUACAGGAGUUGAGGAUAACUUUCAGUGGUGAUUUAUUGAGCAUGUUGUAUUAUACUGAAGUUCCACCUUGUAUUACCUUUUUACUCGUUUAACUGCUGCAUUUUCACUGAAGCAGACAACUCUUACUUUUGUGUAAUUGUUCCAAAGAAUGAAUAAAUAAAGACAACAUCUGACUUGAA